AUGGCCCCGCCGCUGCUGCACGCGCCCCCCUCCCGGGACCCUCAUGGGGGCGGCCCCCGGCCCAUGCCCCGCCUGGAGCGCGAGGGCCCCGGGGCCCAGCCCCGCGCUCACGCCAUGGCCUCCCCCAGCGGGGGAGAGUGCUGCCUGUGCCGGCCCAAGGGGAGGCCGGAAGAAGGAGCCGCGAACCGCCAGCCUGCGGUGGCGCAUGCGCCCGACAAGCCCAGUGGGGACCCGGAAGAGGAAAGCCUGACGGCAUGUGUGCGCAAGCGCGGAAAAGAGGCGGGGCGAUCCCCAAGCCUGCGGCAACGGGGGGGCCCGAGGCCGCCCAUCGCCUCCCCGCGCGCUCUCCGCGCCUCCCGGGGCACGUCCCGGGAGGGGCGCGGGGCCGCCGCCCGCAACCUCUUCCUCAAGAGUCCGCUGGGGUCGUGGAAUGGUGGGGGUGGCGGGGGUGGCAGCGGGGCCCGGCCAGAGGGGUCGUCGAAGGCUGCAGCUUAUGCCAACCCUGUGUGGACAGCCCUGUUUGACUACGAGCCCAACGGGCAGGACGAGCUGGCCCUGCGCAAGGGGGACCGAGUGGAGGUGCUGUCCCGGGAUGCAGCCAUCUCUGGGGACGAGGGCUGGUGGGCGGGCCAGGUGGGCGGCCAGGUGGGCAUCUUUCCAUCCAACUAUGUGUCUCGGGGUGGCCCGCCCCCCUGCGAGGUGGCCAGCUUCCAGGAGCUGCGGCUGGAGGAGGUGAUUGGCAUCGGGGGCUUCGGCAAGGUGUACCGUGGCAGUUGGCGGGGCGAGCUGGUGGCCGUGAAGGCCGCUCGCCAGGACCCGGACGAGGACAUCAGUGUGACUGCCGAGAGCGUGCGCCAGGAGGCCCGGCUGUUCGCCAUGCUGGCGCACCCCAACAUCAUCGCCCUCAAGGCCGUGUGCCUGGAAGAGCCCAACCUGUGCCUGGUGAUGGAGUAUGCGGCCGGGGGGCCCCUCAGCCGCGCCCUGGCCGGUCGGCGCGUGCCGCCCCAUGUGCUGGUCAACUGGGCGGUGCAGAUCGCCCGAGGGAUGCAUUACCUGCACUGUGAGGCCCUGGUGCCCGUCAUCCACCGCGACCUCAAGUCCAACAACAUUCUGCUGCUGCAGCCCAUUGAAGGUGAUGACAUGGAGCACAAGACCCUGAAGAUCACGGACUUCGGCCUGGCCCGAGAGUGGCACAAGACCACGCAGAUGAGCGCCGCGGGCACCUAUGCCUGGAUGGCCCCCGAAGUCAUCAAGGCCUCCACCUUCUCGAAGGGCAGUGAUGUCUGGAGCUUUGGGGUGCUGCUGUGGGAACUGCUGACUGGAGAGGUGCCCUACCGGGGCAUCGACUGCCUGGCUGUGGCCUAUGGUGUGGCGGUUAACAAGCUGACGCUGCCCAUCCCAUCCACCUGCCCCGAGCCUUUCGCUCAGCUCAUGGCUGACUGCUGGGCGCAGGACCCCCACCGCAGGCCCGACUUCGCGUCCAUCCUGCAGCAGCUCGUGGCGCUGGAAGCGCAGGUCUUGAGGGAAAUGCCGCGGGACUCCUUCCAUUCCAUGCAGGAAGGCUGGAAGCGCGAGAUCCAGGGCCUGUUCGACGAGCUGCGAGCCAAAGAAAAGGAGCUGCUGAGCCGCGAGGAGGAGCUGACGCGCGCGGAACGGGGCCUGCCUCGAACUCCACCGAUCCCCGCCCUCACAGUGGAGCCUGUAGAACCCGGCCAGGCUUGGGGCCGCCAGUCCCCCCGGCGCUUGGAGGACUGGAGCAAUGGAGAGAGGCGGGCAUGCUGGGCCUGGGGCCCCAGCUCGCCGAAGCCUGGUGAAGCCCAGAAUGGGAGGAGAAGUUCCCGCAUGGACGAGGCUGCCUGGUUCCUGGACUCAGCCGACUCAUCCCCCGUGGGGUCUCCUUCUAUGCUCCCGACGCUCAACGGGAACCCCCCACGACCCAGCCCAGAGUCUGAGGAGCCCAGGCGAGGUCCAGCAGAACGCAGUGGGGGUGGCAGCAGCUCCGGAACCCCCAAGCUGAUCCAGCGCGCCCUGCUGCGUGGCACCGCCCUGCUGGCCUCUCUGGGCCUGGGCCGGGACCUGCAGCCACCAGGGGGGCCGGGCCGCGAGCGCGGAGAGCCCCCACCGCCACCCCCCACACCCAUGCCCACUCCUGCCCAGCCACCCGCCUCCCCACUCAUCCGCUUCUCACCCAAGAUGCCCAGUGCCCCCGCCUCCCCGCGGAACCCUGAUGCCCCCAUGCCACUACUGCUAGACCUGGGCAUCCCCACGGACCAGCCGUCUGCCAAGAGCCCCCGGCGCGAGGAGACACGCGGACGGACUGUCUCCCCUCCACCAGGGAUAUCACGCUCAGCCCCGGGGACCCCGGGCACACCCCGCUCACCACCCCUGGGCCUCAUCAGCCGCCCGAGACCCUCCCCUCUUCGCAGCCGCAUCGACCCAUGGAGCUUCGUGUCAGCUGGGCCCCGGCCUUCACCCCUGCCCUCACCGCAGCCUGCCCCGCGCCGGGCACCCUGGACCUUGUUCCCAGACUCAGACCCCUUUUGGGACUCUCCACCUGCCAACCCCUUCCGGGGAGGCCCACAGGACUGCAGGGUGCAGACCAAAGAUGUGGGUGCCCAGGCCCCUUGGGCGCCAGAGGCCAGGCCCUGAGUGGUCUGGAC